AUCAAAACAAAUCAACUUUAUGUUUUAGGCUUUGAUCAAUAUGGUUUACUAGAAUUGAUAAUUUCUGCAUGUACACUACAAGUCAAUGUUGGAGUCUGGAUUUAAAAAUUUGAAGAGCUGUUGAAUAUUAAAUACAUUGGGAUUACCCUUACCAAAUUUCCAACUAUAUGCCAACUGUCAUUAUUUAAAUAAUUCCCUAAUGAAUAAGUUUCAACAAAUUUUGAAAAACUGAAGCUGAUCAUCACUAUUAUUUAUAUUAAACAAGUUACAUGACUUGCUGGCAGCCAUUUUUUUUUUUAUAGUUUAUACAUUUUCUACCAUCAAAACCAUCCGAGACCUCAUACGAAGAGAGCUAAGAAUAAAGAAUUCUUAUAUCGAUAUCAGGUAGACAAAAUUGCAUUAUCAUAACAUAUCCUCUGUAGUUUCCUCAUUGACUUGGUAAAAAGAAAUGCUUGCCACAGAAAGUCAGUAAUGAGUCCAUACUACUUUUUCCUCACAAUGAAACUGAAAGUGAAUUUGAUUGGAGCAAUAAUUGGGAAAUACCUAGUCCUUACAGAUUUAACAAUUUUAUAUUAGUUAGUCCUUUGUAAUUCAAUUUUAUAUUAUAUGUUGCAUUGUUUACAUAACUUUGAAUUCAAACGUUAUCAUCAUCUUUCCUCUGGUCUUAUUAAAUGAAAAUCAUGGUUUCUUUGUCUUCAAGGAAAAGAUAUUUAGACUAGUAGAUAUAUUAAAAUUUCAUACCUUGCCCUUGGCAUAAUACAGUUGUAAGUUGCAAGAGUUGAGAUGAUGAAAACAGCUUCAAUGUUCCAAUUAAUGCUAUUGAUUCUCUUCUUUACAAGAAGAGAAUUUGUUCGUUUCGGUGAUGCACAGUUAGCAGAAUGCUUAGAGUCUGACCGAGUUGCUCUCGUUGCCUUCAAAAAUGGUCUUAAUGAUCCUGAAAACCGGCUUUCAUCAUGGAAAGGAAGCAACUGCUGUCAAUGGCGGGGAAUAAGCUGUGAAAGCAGUACAGGAGCUGUUAUUGCUGUCGAUCUCCAUAAUCCAUAUCCACAAGGUUUUGAUUCUUCAAGCAGGUAUGGAUUCUGGAACCUCAGUGGGGAAAUUAAGCCUUCAAUGAUGAAACUGAAGUCCUUGAGAUACUUGGACUUGAGCUUCAACACAUUCAAUGACAAUCCAAUUCCUGAAUUUUUCGGAUCUUUGAAAAAUUUGCAAUAUCUAAACCUCUCGAAUGCAGAGUUUAGUGGUGCAAUUCCUCCAAAUUUAGGAAACCUCUCAAGCUUACAGUAUCUUGAUUUGAAGUACUCACCGAGUUUAUAUGUUGAAAAUCUUGAAUGGUUAAAGGGUCUUGUCUCUCUAAAGCAUCUUUUGAUGCGUGAAGUUGAUCUUUCAAUGGUGGGAUCCAAUUGGGUUAGGACAAUAAACAAGCUUCCUUCUUUAACUGAGUUGGACCUGUCUUCUUGUCUCUUAUCUGGUUCGAUUCCACCUCUCAGUCCUUUCAAUUUAACUUCACUUGCUGUAGUAGACCUUUCUUUUAAUGGUUUCAAUUCAAAAAUACCUGAUUGGCUUCUCAAUAUUAGCAGCCUCAUUAGCUUGGAUAUAAGCUACAGUGGCUUGUUUGGAAGAAUUCCACUUGGUUUUAGUGACAUGCCAGAUUUGAAGUUUUUGAAUCUUGCUGGUAAUAACAAUCUCACAGCAAGUUGUUCUCAAUUGUUGAAAGGAAGAUGGGAGAAAAUUCGAGUCCUCGAUUUAGCAUCCAAUAAACUACAUGGGAAACUUCCUGCUUCCAUUGGAAACAUGACGUUUCUCACUCACUUAGAUCUUUUUGUCAAUAAUAUUGAGGGUGCAAUUCCAAGCUCUAUUGGCAAUCUUUGCAACCUGAUAUUUUUUCGUAUAUCAGGUAAUAACUUGACUGGAACAUUACCUGAAUUCAUCGAAGGAGCAGAAAAUUGUCAUUCUAGGAGGCCUUUGCCUAGUUUGCAGUACUUGGAUUUGUCAGUCAAUCACUUGGCUGGUAAGUUACCAGAAUGGAUUGGUCAGCUGAAGAAUAUUGUUCAACUCGGUUUGGACUAUAACUCUCUGAAUGGUCCCAUCCCAGCUUCUUUAGGAUUAUUGCAAAAUCUUACUGAUCUGGGACUUUCAGGAAAUGAUCUGAACGGGACUCUCCCUGAAAGUUUGGGACAACUUUCUCAGUUGUCUACUUUUGAUGUUUCUUCCAAUCAUCUGACAGAUGUUGACUUGAGUUCUAACCUCUUUGAAGGACCUAUUCCUCUUCCAAUUGUUGAGGUUGAGUUACUUGAUAUGUCCAAUAACAGACUUUCUGGUCCUAUUCCAAGUAAUAUAGGUGAUUCCUUACCAAACUUGAUCUUCCUCUCUCUUUAUGGAAACCUCAUUAUAGGAGAAAUCCCGGCUUCCAUUGGCAACAUGCAAUCUCUUCAAGCCCUUGAUCUUUCAAAUAACUACUUGAGAGGAAGUGUUCCAUCAAGCAUUGCAAAUUGUUCUCUCCUAAAGGUAUUAGACCUACGUAAGAACAAUUUAUCUGGAAAUAUUCCUGACUUUUUGGGUGAACUACGUAUGCUUCAAACAUUACACCUAAGUGAUAACAAUUUCUCUGGAGAGCUCCCUUCAUCUUUCCGUAAUUUUUCAAGUUUGGAAAUGCUGGAUCUUGGAAACAACAGAUUAAAGGGUAAAAUUCCACCGUGGAUUGGAGAAGGUUUUAAAAAGCUAAGGAUUCUUAGCUUGAGGUCCAAUGCAUUUUAUGGAGAACUUCCAUCAGUGUUAUCAAAUCUAAGUUCAAUACAAGUCCUGGACCUGGCAGAAAAUCUGUUGAACGGCAGUAUACCUGCCAGUUUUGGAGAUUUUAAAUCUAUGUCACAAAUCCAACACAUAAACCAUUACCUAUUCUAUGGAAUGUAUAGGGGCAGUUAUUAUGAAGAAAACUUGGUGGUGAAUAUGAAAGGUCAGCCUCAAACAUACACCAAGAUCCUUUCCCUUGUAAUUAGUCUUGAUCUCUCUGGAAAUAAUCUGAGUGGAGACCUUCCAAGAGAAAUAACAAAACUGUUGGGUUUGGUUGUUUUGAACUUGUCUGGAAACCAUAUCACUGGUCACAUCCCUGAAAGCAUAUCGGAGUUGAAACAAUUGUUAUCACUUGACCUCUCAAGUAAUAGGCUCUCAGGUCCUGUUCCUCAAAGCUUGGGGACACUCUCAUUCCUGGGGUAUCUGAAUUUGUCAUACAAUGACUUGUCUGGUAGGAUCCCUUAUACAGAUCAUAUGACAACUUUUGAUGCAGCCUCUUUCACUGGAAACCUUGGCCUUUGUGGUGGUCCACUUGCUGUAAAAUGUCCAGGUGAUGAAGAUGAUGAGGAACCAGGUAAGGGAUGGACAACUCCCAAGGAUACUGGUAAUGGUGACAGCUUCAUUGAUAAGUGGUUCUACUUGAGUAUUGGAUUGGGAUUUGCAGCUGGAAUUCUUGUCCCAUAUUUGAUAAUGGCAAUGAGAAAAUCUUGGUGCGUAGCCUACUUUGAUGCUGUUAAUGAAGUUACAGAUAGAAUACUAUAUCAGUGGUUGAAAUAUAGAACCGCAAAGCAGAGGACUAGAGGGCAUUAGCUAACAAGAUGAAGAAUGGGGAAAGUAAGAACCUCACCAAGUAUUCAAGGAGAAAGCUAAAAGGUUUCGGGUUGACACUUUAUUUCUUUGUGAGUGAGUUUUAGGGAAACUGGAUUAUAUAAUAACAAAUAGUUCAUUUCUUUUCUUCUGUUUCACCAUCCGAACCUUUGUAAUUUGUGAUGGGUCUAAAAGCUGUUUUCAAAUUAAUAUUGUUGUAAAUGACAAUUUUCUACUAGUUUUCAGUCU